CAUUGGACCGGGCAGAUCAACGUGACGGCCCUCCGCGGACAUGCGCUGUGUGCCGGCGCUGUCUGGAUGCUUUUCCGCGACUCCACCCCUCCUGCAGACGAAGGCAUGGCGAGCACCGAAGCUAGAAGGGAGUGUGAGACUGAGGGCUGCAGCGAGGACGCCAAACUCCAGUGUCCCACAUGUAUCAAGCUCGGUAUUCCAGGUUCCUAUUUCUGUUCACAGGAAUGUUUCAAAGGGAGCUGGGUGUCUCACAAGUCGCUGCAUAAAAAAGCAAAGGACGACAAGAACCAGAAUGAUUCGAAGAACUGUGUGGAGAAUGACAUCAACACAGACCCAUGGCCAGGCUACCGCUACACAGGAAUACUACACCCUCACUACCCACUGACUCCCAUGAGGCUCGUGCCUGGUGACAUCCAAAGACCUGACUAUGCUGAUCAUCCCAGAGGGAUAUCUGAGUCCGAGCAGUCUCUGAAAGGGACGUCACAGAUCAAGUCCCUUUGUCCCGAGGACAUUGAAGGCAUGAGGGUAGUGAGCAAGCUUGCACGAGAAGUUCUGGACAUCUCUGCCUUGUUGGUGAAAGUGGGGGUUACUACAGAAGAAAUCGACCAUGCUGUACAUCUGGCCUGCAUAGCGAGGAACUGCUACCCCUCCCCUCUCAACUACUACAACUUCCCUAAAUCCUCCUGUACAUCUGUCAAUGAAGUCAUCUGCCAUGGAAUCCCGGACAGGAGACCCUUACAAGACGGAGAUAUCCUCAACGUGGACAUCACCGUCUACCACAACGGUUUCCAUGGUGACCUCAAUGAAACCUUCUAUGUGGGCGAGGUGGAGGAAGAAGCGAAGAAACUGGUGCAGACCACGUAUGAAUGCCUUAUGCAAGCCAUCGACUCCGUGAAGCCUGGUAUCCGCUACAGAGAAUUAGGGAACAUCAUACAGAAGCACGCUCAAGCUAACGGCUUCUCUGUGGUGCGCAGCUACUGCGGCCACGGCAUCCAUAGACUUUUCCACACUGCUCCCAAUGUGCCACAUUAUGCCAAAAACAAAGCAGUGGGAGUUAUGAAGCCUGGCCACGUGUUCACCAUUGAACCCAUGAUAUGUGAAGGUGGCUGGCAAGACGAGACGUGGCCCGACGGCUGGACGGCGGUGACCCGAGACGGGAAGCGCUCUGCUCAGUUCGAACACACCCUGUUGGUGACGGAGACCGGCUGCGAGAUCCUCACCCGCCGCAUGGAGGACAACGGGCGCGCUCACUUCCUCAACCAAGUGUAGACUCGCACGCAUCCAAGGACUGGACUUUUCCAGAACGCAAGACACCCUCUGGGCCUCACACACACACACACACACACACACACACACACACACACACACACACACACACACACACACACUACAAACAAGAAGCACCACUCCUAGAGCUCAGUUUAACUGCCGCUCUCAUUGUUCUUUGAAUUAAAUAUCCUUGAAAUAAAUGGAAGUACUUGAAUGUGUCUUAUAUCAAACGCUUUAUUAGUGAAAACUGUAUCCUCUGAAGGAACGUAUUUAUGAGAUAUGGUUUUGCUUAGUGGCCUGUCAUGUCACCCAGAGUUUGUUACUGGCUGGCUAGUUGUUGUCUGUGGUGUGUGUGGUGCUCAGGGCAGAUACACUAGUAACAACAUGCUUCUUUUCUCUCUCAGCCUCUGCUCACUUCACACUUCGUACAAAUCCCCCAGAGAUGGACUGAAAAGAAUCAGCAAUACUAGAGACCGAGGAGGGUUCCCAGGGUUAGCUACUCUCAAAACCUCAACAACUUAUUUUAGAUAUAGAAAAUAACUCCGGGCCAUAAAGCGUACUAUAUUUAGUUUAUAGAGUACAGGCAACAAAAGUCAUUCUCUGCCAAGAGCCAAACAGCCUAAAUGUAAAGCAGUAGUUUGAUGUUAUAAAAAUACACUUGGCAGAUUUGGGGAAGACCAAUACACCUGGGUGUCCAUUAAAAAUGUAGCAACAACCAGGAGACGGUUAGCAUAAAUACUUGAAGCUGGAGAAAACACCUGGGCCAGCUCUUUAAAACAAAAUACCUUCCAGCACCUCGAAAGCUCAGAAUUUAAACAAAAAAACUUGAUUUGUGGUUUUUACAAUUGUGUCAACAAAAAAAAAAUAGCAUAUAAACUCAUUUCUGUACUGUUUGUAAAAGUACAACCAUCAAUUGACUUAUUGCGUCAUGCCUGCUUGCUGGGUAUUCAAUCUCAGUACCAGAGAAACACUCAGUCUUAUUUACCUGGUGACAUGUCCACUAGAAGCACUCAAUUGUUACAUCCUGAAUGUGGCUAUUAUUAGUGCAGUCGGAACCUUUUCAGUAGAUUACGUCAGCCACGGUUGCUAGGAGAAGUGUGAUGCAACCACAGAGUAUCUUCAUAGAUAUCGAGAAUGAGAGAAAUGACAUUGAGCACACAGUUGUUGAAGCGCUGAGGUUGUUAAUCUGAGGAAAGCUCCUUUAGUGUCUCGUGUUUUCUAGAGCCCUGCUGUAGCAAAUCGAGCCUUAAUGUGUGAGUCUAGGAAUUAAAACAUGCUGGAUAUCUCACGGAAAGUGACCUGGUGUUUCCCCUUGUCUCUACGGUCACCAUUCAUCUCCACAUAGGGGUUUCUCGGUGAGAGCAGCAUUCUUUCUAUUUUCAGAGGACUAAUGUGAUCACAGUUUCUCUGCCAUCUUUGUAUUUCUUCUAAUGGAGUAAUAAAUGACUCUUCUGUA